AAGGACUCCAACGGCAAGCGUUUAAUUCGAUGGGCGACGAGAUCACCAUCCGAGACAACAACGGGGCAUUUUCUUGAUUUGUCUGCAAUCUGCAGCUGCUGGAUAACGAGGUGUGUGACUAUAGCAUGGUGGUUCUAAGGCUGCUUUUUCUCGGAGUUACUGUCAUAUAUUUGGAUAGGACACUAUGCAGAAGUUGCACGCAGAAUUUGGCAAAAGGCAAACCCGCCUACCAAAGUUCCACCUACCAGACAUGCGAUGCCAGCCUCGCUGUAGACGGUAACUAUGACGACGACAAGACCCAUGGGAGUUGUACCCAUACUAAUGCUGGUCAGGGGCAAUGGUGGCUGGUGGACUUAGAACCCACGGCGAGGGUGGCCGGUGUAAUCAUAACAAACCGUGGGGACGGAUAUACCUACCGUCUGAAUAAUUUCGAAGUGAGAGUUGGAACCACUUACGAGGAUAGUUCAUCAUUCAGCCAGUACAAACUCUGCGCCAGUUACCCGGGGGUGGCACCUGUGGGGAACACGACUCUGUCCUGUGGGUCACCACUGAGAGGACGAUAUGUCUUGAUCAUUAAAGUUGGCAGUGACAACCAUCAAUUGCAGCUAUGUGAAGUGGAGGUUCAUGGUAUUUCAAGUGCAACCACCUUCCAGAGGGUAGCUGCAGAUGCUCGUGCAAGCCUUGUGCCCAUAUCCACGCUGAAUGUCCGCAGCCUCACCGAAUGCAGCAUCUUCUGUAUGCAACACUGGAAGUGUGCGGCCAUAAACGUUCUCUGUGCCGGAAAUGACCAAUGUGUCUGUGAACUUCUACCCAGUACUGCCCAGUCCAGCGACUUGCAGGCAGACACUGGUUCUGAAUAUUAUGAGGACAUCUGCUUGGGACAAGUGUAGGACGAGACUACUAAAUGUGGCUAAAUCACUUUCAGAAAUACCCCAGGGAAGCUGCAUAUAUAUCAUUAGAUGAUAUGCCACGCUGGGGUAGUGUUGUAAAAACUGACCAUUCACAUUGUAUUAGAAAUGUGCAGGUGGUGAUCGCUCCCAAGACUGACCUAAACUAGUGUGAAGACGACAAGGUCUACAGAGGGAUCAUUUUAAUUUAUCUUAAAAAUAAAAAAUUAAAAAAAAAACUUC